AUGUCGGCCGACGGACACCAUCAUCAGAAAAAGGUCAAGGCAUCGGCGGAGGCUGUCGAGCGGCAGCGAGAGAAAAACCAAAAGAAGAUUGCCGAGUACCGUGCCCUAUGCGCACAAGUCCAACAGAAGCGUAACGACAAAUCAUAUGACGACGAAACAUUUCAGCUCACUACAAAACUACUUUCGAUCAAUCCGGAAUAUUACACAAUGUGGAAUCUUCGCCGCCAGAUACUACUGGAGAAGUUCAAAAUUGUGGGAGUCGAAAAGAAGGAAGCGCUGUGUUCAUCCGAGUUGCGCUUUGCACAGGAAGGGCUCAAAGUUAAUCCCAAGUCCUAUUGGGUGUGGAAUCAUCGUCGGUGGAUAUUGGAGAAUAUGCCGAACCCUCCAUGGGACCGAGAAUUACGAUUGCUGGAAGCAAUGUUGGAUCUAGAUGCUAGAAACUUUCACGGAUGGAACUAUCGACGUUACGUUGUGGCAAGGUCAAAUAAACGAACACCUCAAGAAGAAUUUGAUUUUACGACAACCAAAAUCAAUCAGAACUUUUCAAAUUAUUCCGCCUGGCACCAUCGUAGCAAGUUUUUGCCGCAAGCUUACAUGGUGGAAGAGUUGACAAAGGUCAUCGAUGAUGAAUUUGAACUUGUUCGGAACGCAAUAUAUACGGAACCUGCUGAUCAAAGUGCUUGGCUUUAUCAGCGGUGGCUGCUGAGUCUCAAAGCGGAUGACGAGAAGAGGUGGAAAAAUGAAUUGCAAUCAAUCCAGGAACUGGUGGAUUUGGAACCGGAGAGUCGAUGGGCUUUGAUAACUCUGGUCCACAUUAUGGCGAAGCUACAGCUUCAAAAGGACGAUGCAUUGAAAAUACUAGAAAAGCUUGAAGCCUUGGACCCAUAUCGGCGUGAAUACUAUGUGGAUCUAGGGAAGCGAAUCAUGAAUCCAACCAACCAACCACAUGAGCUUCGGGUCCCCCCACGUUCCGAACGUGCUGCGGGCGAAUGCGGUCGACAUGGUCCCUUCAUGGCUGCAACAACUCGAUUGCAGGCGACAUCCGCGCACUCUAGUCGUUUGCCCGUAAUUGCCGAGGCGACGCUGCUGAUUGGGCCUGCAUGUUGGGCCACUCUAGCUCUUGCAUUUCGGAGCCGUCUGUAUGAAAGCGGGUUAUUUUGUCUUCUGAUAGCGGUAGCGCUACUUUGCCUAAUAUAUCGAUAUCCAUAUGUAACCCCGCCCUCUCGCACCGGGUGCUACCGCCCCGACGCUGAAGCGGGAACGGUGGCUGGACUUAUACUCCCACCCUUAGUUCUGGCAGCUUUGAUUCUCCGCCUACCCGAUGGAAUCAUGUUUGCCUACCUAUUACCGUUCCUCCGAUUAAGCAUAUGGUUCAGCCUGCUUGAAGCUCUACCUAUUCUUACCCAAGGAUGGCGCAAACACUGGAUUAUGCUGUGGGCGAUGGGAUUCAUUGUUCCGACUACGAGGCACAGUGCAGUCUAUUAUGGCGUUUUCGUCCAGCCAUUUAUGUUUCUUCUGGGCCUAGCGACGUUCAGAGGCACUUUGCAUCUAGUUCUCACCCGAUUUCGACGGAGCUUCACAUUUGGAGAAGCGUUGGUGGUGACACAAACGUUGUCGCUGCUUUUCUUGGACGCUCUUGUUAGCACCUUGACCAAGUUGCAUCCGACGCGAGUACCACAGGAGAUGAACAUCGAUCGUAGUGAAACCAAUGUGUUCAUGCAUGCGCUGCUGUUCGGAAUGCUAUUGAUUGGCGUCCUAUUGGUUCCUUUGCUGAGAAAAAUACGCGCCAUCCGCUAUCAUGCAAGCCAUCAGCAAUUCGUUGCUCUUUCGAUUGGAUUUUAUUGUGCCACCUUGGCGAUCGUGCUUUUCUUGAUAGCUCCGUGGACGCAGUUGUGUCUCGGAGCUGAACCUUUUACCUGGGUGGUAUACUUUAUACUCACUCCUGGCGCAUAUCGUCUAGGCCUAAUUGGUUAUUGGGCACUGAUUAUCGCUAUUGGGGUAACGGUGGCAUAUCAACACUUCCCAACGAGCACCUCGGAUCUCGCGGUGUUAAACCUCAAACGAAAAUACUUCCAUGUGCUCGCUACUCUUAUGUUUAUUCCGGGAUAUAUAUUGGAUCCAGAUUUCAUGCAUUUAGCAUUUUCAGUUGCAUUAAGCGCCCUCAUUCUGUUGGAAUAUGUGCGACACUAUCAAGUCUGGCCCAUUGGGAAAGAGGUCAACGAAUUUCUGAGUCAUUUUCUGGACAAGAGAGAUCGCGGUCCGGUCAUUUUGUCGCACUUAUAUCUGCUCAUUGGGUGUGCUCUCCCUGUAUGGUUGAACAGAAUACCCCAGGGACAUAAUUUGGCGGCCGUGAGCGGCAUUUUGACUCUCGGCAUUGGAGAUACAAUGGCUUCUAUACACGGCAAGCGUUUUGGUCGCAUUCGAUGGCCGGGGACAUCAAAGUCUGUCGAAGGCACAAUGGCUUUUGCAAUCACUGUCACCGUUACCUGCUGUCUGUUGGCCGGUAUAGGUGGCGUGAUAGUGGAGGGAGCCAAGCAGUGGUUGUCGGUGCUACUAUGCAUCCUGUUAAGCAGCUUCCUGGAGGCUUUCUCUGAUCAGAAUGAUAAUCUUAUCAUUCCGCUAUAUAGUUUUGCAUUACUUCAUUUGUUUGUCUAA